UAUAUAACAGAAAGAUUAGUUAUCGCAGCGCGGCAGUUGAUAGCAGAGCGUCGUUGCAACUUGACGUGUUGUUGAAAAUACAAAAUUAAUAUUUAAACAGUAUUAUUUUUAUAAAUUUCCUUCUUUCGUGAAUUCAGUUUGAUUGCGUAAACAAUUGUCAGUAUGAUAUAUGUGAUCGUCUUGUCGGUGAUAGCGGGUACUUUGGGUCUGUAUUACUUCCUCUUCAAGAAUUUGAAUUUCUUCCAAAAACAUGAAAUACCGUGUGCAAAACCAUUGCCAUUACUGGGAAACAUGGGAUCGAUUUUCCUCCGUCGUCAAUCCAUGGUCGAUCUUAUCAAGUCGACUUACGAUUUACACCCUGACGCCAAGUACGUCGGCAUAUACGAUUUGACGAAACCACUCGUAGUGCUUCGCGAUCCCGAGCUUAUUAAAGCUAUCACACUGAAACAUUUUGACAUGUUCAUGGAUCAUCGUCAGUUCAUCGAUGAGACCCAAGAUCCGUUUUUCGGCAAGAAUCUCGUCUCUCUUCGCGGCGAGAGGUGGCGGGAGACGCGAUCUAUACUGAGCCCGGCCUUCACGUCCAGUAAGAUGAAAAGUAUGUUCAAACUGAUGUCGAAUUACGGCAUUGACUUCGCUAAUUACUUGGCGCAAUUACCAUCCGAGAAGAGGACAAUGGAAAUGAAAGAUAUUUUCGCGAGAUAUACAAAUGACGUGAUCGCUUCCUGCGCCUUUGGCGUCUCUGUAGAUUCCAUGAGAAAUCCGAAGAACGAAUUUUAUGUGUACGGUAAGGAAGUGACCGUUUUCAGAAGUCUUCUCUUUCUUAAGUUCUACAUCUUUAGAACCUUACCUUGGCUGGCGCGAAUACUUAAGUUGAAACUUCUUCGCGAGCAAAUAGCGAAUUUCUUCCGAGACAUUAUAAAGACUACGAUAAGAACCAGAGAAGAAAAAGGUAUUGUUCGACCAGACAUGUUGCAGCUGAUGAUGGAGAGCAGAGGUAAAGACGGCAAGACGGAUUUGACUAUCGACGAUAUGAUAUCGCAAGCGUUCAUUUUCUUCUUCGGCGGAUUCGACAGCACCUCGACGUUAAUGUGUUUUGCCGCUCAUGAAAUUGCAGUGAAUCAGGAUGUGCAGGAAAGGCUUCAAAGCGAGAUCGAUCAGGUUUUAGAAGAGAAUAACGGACAAGCACCUUACGAGGCGAUUAAUAAUAUGGAAUAUCUUGAGGCGGUAAUCGACGAGGCUCUCAGGAUGUAUCCAGUUGGUCCGGUAUUGGACAGAUUAUGUGUGAGAGAUUUCGAAUUACCUUCGACAUUACCAGGAAUGAAGCCUCUUACUAUAAGAAAGGGACAAGGCAUAUGGAUACCGGUUUACGGACUUCAUCAUGAUCCUAAAUAUUUCGAACAACCGGAGAAAUUCGAUCCUGAGCGAUUUCUUGGCGAACGGAAGAAACACACGUUGAGCUCCGGAGCUUAUCUUCCCUUUGGUCAAGGGCCCAGAAUGUGCAUAGGUAACAGAUUCGCAUUGCUGGAAACGAAAGCUUUACUGUUUCAUCUGCUUGCACGUUGCGAAUUGAAAACUUGCGAAAAGACGCCGUUGCCGCUCAAGAUAGAUAAAGGCGGCUUUAAUUUGAUGCCUAAAGGGGGUUUUUGGCUGCACGUAGAACCAAGGAAAAACAUGCAUCAUACUGUUGAAAUUAAUAAUGGGACACGUCCAGCGUAAAAUGAAAAACAAGACAAAGGAAGAAGAAAGCAAGACAUUCAGUAUUCGACCUUGUGAUGAGAUAUACACAUAUAUGUAUAUACAUAUGCUGAUUGCUCUUCUAAUAAAAAUAAAUAUUAAUCAAAUCAUUAUUUUAACAUUUUUUACACUGUCUUUAUUCAGUCACUUUGUUAUAAUAUUCUCGUAUCGAAAACAUUUCUUGUACGUGAUAAAAAAAGGAGUUAUUAUCUCUUGCUAAAAAAAUACGGUAAGAAUCAAAGGUUGAAUGUUAUCUUAUUAUCUUAUCUGUUGUAAUUAUUGAUUGAUCUGUAAUUAAAGAAAAACAGGAUUUUUUUAAUGUAAUCAAAUCGGUUCCACGUAAACAAACGCAAAUUUACUUAAGGAUGGGUCAUCCGUAUAGUCCAUACAAUAAGUUUGAGAGAGAAAUUGUAAAUGUGUUAAUAUAUAAAUUAAUAUAAAUAUAAAUGUUUAUAUAAAAUUAA